GAGAUUUUAGACGACAAUCGCAAACUUAUAUGUAAUGUCUCGUGGUGUGGUCCACGUUUAUAAUUGGGUCUUGGGUUUUUGAGGUGAAGGGGCUUUAUAAAUACGAAUGAACGUCCGGUUUUUUCAUCUAUUUGGUAUCAGCGCGUAAUUUGUAUAAGUAGUGAGACAGUUUUUGGACCAACAAAAUGAAAACGGUACUUGCAUUAAUUUUUUUGGUUUUGCCUCAAUUAAUUUCCGGUUAUUUACAACAUAUCCCUGAUUUAUCAUGGUUGAAUGAGCAUUAUCGAAAUUUAUGGAGAACUAAUGAUUAUAACCCAAAUUAUUUUUUUGAUUUUUACGAACCAAGCCAUCAAACUUCGCAAAGAUAUAAACUUCGCCCUAUAAAUAAUUAUAACCUUGAUUAUGGAGGAAAAAAACAUACUCAAAUUGAUUUUUCUUCAAAACCAUUUCAGUAUUAUCCUAGUAAAACAUCGAAUCUUAAUUUAAAUCAAUUUCAACCUCAACCUUUUUAUCAAUCCCAAAGACAAGAACUUAAUCAUAUUUCGAAUUUAAAUCAAAUUCAACCACAAUUUUUUUAUCAACCUCAAAACGAAGCUAAAUCACCCAAUCCAACGGUACAAACGAGAGCUGUUUCGAUGACUUCAACCGACAUCAACGGAUUUAGUCGAGGAAUUGUGACUCCAGGAUCCGGGAGUUUAGGAAUAACGAAACUAAGUAAUGGACAAUUCGCUUUGGGAUCGGGCUCUUUGGGUUACGGAGCAAGUCCGGUACAAAGUCCAAAAUAAAAGUGAUUUAUUUAAUGUUAAAUGUAAAUUAUUUUAAGAAAAAAAAAAACAUU